GGUACACUUGUGGCGGCUGCUCUUUUGCCUGUUCAGGUGGAAGGUGCCUUUGCGGGGAGUCUCCUGCUUUUUUCCGGCUCUCCCAGGCUUUUUAAACCCCCUUCCUCACCACACACGCCUCCCGCUGUUUGGGAACUUUGCGGGACACAAAAAGCGGAGGAGGGAAGCGAACGAGGCUCUUGUCGUAAGGAAACUGACUGACACCAGCUUAGGAUGCUCCUGAUGUGUCUAGGGGGACGAGAGCUUUAGUGGAUCUUGGCAACGGGGCUGGAGGAGCGGAAGAGGGGCGGUAGUUCUUGUCCACCCACGCUAAGUAAGGGCAAAACGCGAGAAACUUCUCACUUAGUUGUGCAAUGGAAAAUAUGGAUAAAGGUAACACCUCCCCCAGAGAAGGGCUUCUGCACAGAAUGGGUCUCAAUGAUAACAAAGCUGGAAUGCAAGGACUGGAUAAAGAGAAGAUCAACAAAAUCAUAAUGGAGGCCUCCAAGGGUUCUAAAUUUUAUGAAAAUGAGCUUAAGAAAGAUAAACAGGUUAAUGAACGAAUUGAAAAAAUGCUGAAGCUAAAAGAAAAAAUAACAGAUCAACAAAUCAUGAAAACUCAGUUACAGAUGGAUAAACUUGCAAUAGAAUUGGAUCAGAGCCGUGAUCUUAGCUGUACGAUUGUACAUGUCGAUAUGGAUGCCUUUUAUGCAGCUGUAGAAAUGAGAGACAAUCAUGAACUGAGGGACAAGCCUAUAGCAGUGGGAUCAUUGAGUAUGUUGAUUGACAGGUUGCAGUCGUCUAGAGGCAGAGUUGGUGCCCUUCAGUUCCAAGAAUCAACUUCAAAUUAUCAUGCUAGGAGAUUUGGGGUACGUGCAGCAAUGCCUGGGUUUAUUGCUAAGAAGCUCUGCCCACAACUUACCAUAGUGCCAUUAAACUUUAAGAAAUAUGAAGAAGUAAGCAAAGAGGUUAGGGAGAUACUAUCUGAAUAUGAUCCUCAUUUUAUGCCCAUGGGUCUCGAUGAAGCUUACUUGAACAUAACGCAGUACUUAGAAGAAAGAAAGAACUGGCAUGAAGACAAAAGAGAACAUUUCAUCAAAACACGCAACUUUGUUCUAAAUGGCAAAGAGAAUAUAGAUGGAUUUGACACAUCAACACUGAGUGAAGAUGCACACUCCUGUUCACCAGUAUUGUUUGAUGAUGAUGAUUCUCUGAUGCAUAAGCAAGCCGUUGACCCUUUGCUGCACUUGGAAGAACAGACACACCAGCGAUCAACAAUCCAAACAAAUUCAGUUGUCUUUGGAAUGUCAGCUGAGCAAGUUGUGGAGGAAAUUCGCUUUAGGAUUGAACAAAAAACGAAUCUGACUGCCAGUGCUGGCAUUGCUCCAAACAUGAUGCUGGCAAAAAUGUGCAGUGAUAAAAAUAAACCUAAUGGUCAGUACAGAAUUCUCCCAGAAAGAGAAGCUGUGAUGGACUUCAUCAAAGAUUUACCUAUUAGAAAGGUACCUGGCAUAGGAAAGGUAACAGAGAAAAUGCUUAAAGCUCUGGGAAUUGUGACUUGCACAGAACUCUACCAGCAGAGGGCACUGAUAUCUCUUCUCUUCUCUGAAACAUCUUGGCGUAAUUUCCUAGAAAUCUCUCUUGGUUUGGGUUCCACACGUUUGGAAAGAGAUGGAGAGAGAAAAAGUAUGAGUACCGAGAGGACAUUUAAUGAAAUAAGUGCAGCAGAACAAUACAAGUUGUGUCAAGAACUUUGCAAUGACCUUGCUCAGGAUUUGAAAAAGGAAGGACUUAAAGCUAGAACUGUUACUUUAAAGUUGAAGAAUAUAAACUUUGAAGUGAAAACAAGAGCUACUACAGUACUGUCUGCAGUUUCUACUGAAGAAGAAAUAUUUGCCCUUGCUAAAGAUUUACUUAAAUGUGAAAUGGACAGUGUGGCCCCACAACCUUUACGCCUAAGACUGAUGGGUGUACGAGUAUCAAGUUUUCUAAAUGAAGAAGAAAAGAAGUACCAACAAAAGAGCAUAAUUAAUUUCUUGGAGCCAGGGAAACUAGUCAACACUUUUAGACUCUCUCCUAGGAAAUCUGGUGAGGAACACUUUCCAAAAGCAUCUGAGAGUUUUUUCAAUAAAAAACGAGCUACGAGACAGCAAGCUGAUCAAGGACCUUGUACAAAUGAGUCUUCGAACAAACAGUAUUUUCAAGAUAUAAAGUCAUCUGUGACAUCACUUCAACAAGCAAAGGAUAAUGAACAUCAGAUCUUCAUUUGUCCCAUCUGCUUUGAAGAGCGCCAAGAUAGCACUUUAGAGGCAUUUAACAGGCACAUUGAUAAGUGCCUCAGUGGAUCACUGGAAAAAGAUUGCACAGAAAUUACAAAUGGCAGCAAACCAUGGGAGAAUGUGACUAAUCUAUCUGUGGACAGCAAAAAGAAAGAAUGUCAAAAAGAUAACACACACAUGCUACCGGCUGAAGUGCAACAAAUAGAUGUGGUUGAUAAAGCUACCAAUAGUAGCACAGAUGUUUUUCCUAAACUGGAAGAUGAUGAACACAGUAAUAAUAGUGACUGUAGUCUUCCUGCAGAUUUUGUAUUUGGCAUGAGUGCAAAACAUGACUUUUCUUCUAAAGCCUCGACAGUGAAAAAAGGAAUACAUUUUAAAGAGUCCAGUUGUACAGAAAUCAAGUCACCAUAUUUUUCUGACACAGCUGAAAAUAAUAUUUUAGUUUGUCCAGUCUGCAAUUUAGAACAAAGAACAAAGAACCUUGCAUUAUUUAACAGGCAUGUGGAUGUUUGUUUAAACAAGGGCAUUAUCAAGCAGUUAACAGAAAAUUCAAAAAGUGUGGGAAUCAUGGACAGAGGGAAUCAUGGACAGAGUACAAAUAGCACAAUGGGAACAAAACGAUCUGGAACAAUGGCUUCCCAUUCCACAUCCAAGAAAGCCAAGUCAAAUAAUUCUAAGUGCACUAUAGAAACAUUUUUCAAAUGAGUGCAAUACAUUUGAAGGACACUUGGAUUAUUGUUAUGGUACAGUAGUUUUGCUAUAAAGUAUGUUGCUCAGGCUUUGCCAAUCACUCACCAAUGUUAGAGAUGAUUUUGCACUUUUAAAAUUACUACUCUCCUCUCAAAUUUAUUUAUCUCCUUACAAUAACUUUUCAUAAUAUCAGGGAUGACAAUUAACUGAAAGUUAAUUUUGUUUUGCUGAGCUUAGUGUCCUGUACCAAGUCUCUCUUUGAAAGUCAGUGGUUCCUACUAUGCCAUGAUGCUGAUGGCUGUCAUUUUUAUAGCUUGGACAUGGAAGAAGAGAGUGAAGAAGAUUGGGGUCUCAGUUGCUGAUGAACAUAUCAACUUCAUAAAUCAGAUCCUGUUCAGUUAAAUAAUAUCUUAAAGUCAAUUUCUAUAGAGAAAAUGCACUGAAGAAAAUAAUGGCACUUGGUGCAGUGCAAUUAUAGUAUAUUUAGCAACAUAAAUUCAAGCACUUACAGUAAGAUCUUGUUUAUAUUGGGACAUGCGUGCGCACAUGUUCUCAGAGAAAUUCUAGCUCCUGUUAAUUUAAACAAGAGAUCUGUUAUCUAUUCAUUGGUGGUUAGAAAUUAAUGCACUAUAUAGACCAAUUGAAUACAGGCCAACUAAGUUAACUGCAUGUAGAUAUUGUACUUUGAACACAGGCCAGCUCAUUUGAUUUUAAUAUUAGUCUGUCUCAUUUAAAUUAUAAUAGCACAAGUUUAUUUUAGACUUGUUCACCUUCUUUAAGAGCUUGCCAGCAUGUAAGAGCUCUUGCAAGAGGCCUGAGCUGUACUGCCUGUGUCUUUUUUGCUGUGGCUUAAUAGAAAACCUUUAGUGUAUUUGUCCAAAAAUAUUUGGACAAAUAUUUUUCCUCCUAUGACUGACUCCACUUCAAGGGGGGCAGUUCAGUUAGUCCAGUUGAUUUUGGUAAGACUAUGCCUGUGUAACAGGUCCAGCAUAAAAAACGCAGGAUAGAAAUCUGUUCAAUGAAAUACAUCCUACCUAUAUCCCUAGUUCUCAAAUAAUGAAUUUCAUACACCUAGGUGUAAGACAUCCUCAGCUUUUAAGUGAAGUGAUUUUACCAGCAAUUUUUCUAAUUUAAAGAAUAUGAAGGAAAAGAUAUUUUACUUUCUAAAUGGUAGUAGUAGUAUAUAUUUGCGUUUAUAUAAUUCACAUGUAUUUUAAUUUAUUCAUAAUAUAUUCACAGUGUAACAUAUUCUACAGAACAAUUUUCUCAGACUUGCAUCACAAUCCUAACCAUGUUUGUUUAGAAGCAGGUCCCACUGAGUCUAAUGGGUCUUACUCCAUAGUACGUAUAUCUAGGAUUGUAGCCUCAGGUCUGAAAUUGUUGAAGCGGGGAGACUCACUGUAAAAUGAAAUAACCAAAGCUUUGUAAAAUAAAUGUACACUGUUAAAAUGAUAUUUUAACUUCUCAGCAGUAGCAAUUCAGCUUCUCUGGUUCCACAUGGUCAAUCUGUGUUUUGAAAACAAUCUUAAACAAAAACAAUCUUAAACAGCCCAAUCCCAUGCAAAUAACUCAUUUAAGUUGCUGUGGUGACGUUGUGAAAGCCAAGUCAUUAUCCAUUACUUGACAGAUGGGCAAAAGUAGCAACUCUGCUUAACUUUCAGUAAAAUUCACUGGCUGACAUCCAGACUAAAUUACUCAUGAACAAUCCCAAUCGUGACUAACUUGUUCCAUUAUCUUGUCUUGACCUCAGAGGUUGACCAUCAUCUAUAGAAACAGAAUUGGGUUAACAGAACAAAUUAGCAUAUAUGCAUUUUUCAAAGCUACCUUUGACCCAAUUUCUACCUCUUUUUUCCUUCAUUUCCCCUCUCAUCAUCUUACCCAAUAUACCCUUCACAGAUUUCUCCAUAGCUACACUCUCCCUCCCUCCUCACUUUCAUGAUCAUUGUUGUGCUGAAUAUAUAAAAUAUAUUUACAAUAAGCAGUAUAUUAAAAACAUUUCAUAACACCAA